AGGUAUUUAAUCACAAUUAUGAAGAUCUUAUUAUUUUGUAUUAUUCUGUUGUCAGCUACUAUGGGGUUUUUCCAAGCAUACGUGAAGUGUGCUGACAAUAAUGAAGAAAGAAACCGACCACUGCCUAUUAAUAUUUACAUCGGUGGUGUAGACCCUGGCAAUAUUAGUGGUGGAAGAAACCAACCACCGCUUAAUAAUAUUUACAUCGAUAGUGUAAACCAAGUUAGUGACCUUGGGAAUAAUAGUGAGGGAAACCAGCCACCGGAGAAUAUUAAUAUUUACUACCAACCUGGAGAUGAUGGCCCCGAAAAUAAUAGGGGAAACCGUCCAUCGGAUAUAAAUAUUUACUACCAACCUGGAAACGAUAGCCCGGAAAAUAAUAGGAGAGACCAUCCACCGAAUAUUAAUAUUUACUACCAAUCUGGAGUUGAUGACUCUGAAAAUAAUAGGGAAAACACUGAAUCAUCUAUGAAUAUUUACGGAGUUGAUGAUAAUAUUUUAGAAUUUGAUCUUUGUGGCACCGACAAUUACAGAAUAAACCAUCCACCGCGUAUUAAUAUUCACUACCAAUCUGGAGUUGAUGGCCCCGUAAAUAAUUGGACAAACAAUGAAUCACUUGCAAAUAUUUACGGAGUUGAAAAUAACAUUUUUGAAUAUGAUUUUCGUUUCACUGACAAUAAUAGGGGAUACCGUCCACCACAUAUUAAUAUUUACUACCAAUCAAGUAGUGGAAUUGAUGGCCUCGAAAAUAAUAGAACAAACACUGAACCGCCUACAUAUAAUUUAGAAAUUGAUACCAACGACAAUAAUAGAUAUCCGCAAACAUCAUCAGAUGGACCACUGGGAGAAUACUUUAAUCAUUAUAUAAAUAAUAUUUUUACUAACCUUCCAAGAAACUCUAGUCCGUCAACUAGUUCUUACUACGGACCUGGAGUUGGUGGCUCAGGCUAUAAUAGUAAAUAG